AUGAUUUUGAAAUAGUUUGUAUGAGACUAUAGACAUUAGCUUUCUCACGCUUCCUUUCAGUACAUGCUGUAACUAUCAUGUAGUCAAUCCUCAUGCACCGCACAGAUGACAAGUUUCAGCGCUGUAUAUUCAGACCGUCUUCUUUAGUUCUUCUUUAGAAUGUUGCCUCUCUUCGUUGUGCAUCUGUUUUUUAUGUGGUUUUUGUAAUGUAUUUUGAUAUUAAACAUGAUUUUUCUUUCAGAUCACAGACAAGGAGAAUAACAACAGCACAAUUAUGGACAUCAAUUCAUGCCGUUAUGUGAUGGGCGUUCAGCUGGGUGAGGGAGGCUUUGGAACGGUUCAUGCAGCCACACGUUUGGAGGAUGGCCAACAGGUGGCGAUUAAAUUGGUCUCCAACAGCAAGACGGAGUUCAUCAGCAUUGACGGUUAUUCAAAGCCUCUUCCUCUGGAGGUCGCUCUGUUACUUCUGACAGACGAAGGCCCUCGGGUUCAGGAAGUCAUCCAGCUUCUGGACUGGCGCGUGGAGCCUGACCGCUAUAUUUUGGUCCUUGAGCGGCCCAUGCACUUUGAGGAACUGAAUUGGUUUCUCCUGCAGCGAAUAGUGACCAUUGAAGAGGACGUGGCACGAGUUAUAAUGCACCAGGCAAUAUUCGCAGCUCGAACAUGCUGCCUGCGUGGAGUGUUUCACCGGGACAUUAAGCUGGAAAACCUUCUGAUUAACCCGGACACACUCCAAGUCAAAUUAAUCGACUUUGGCUGCGGUGCGAUCCUCACCGACGCGGGUUACACGUCCUUUGCUGGCACUAGAGAGUACUGCCCUCCUGAGUAUCUGACCAACGGCAAGUACCACGGGAAACCAGCUACAGUGUGGUCACUCGGGAUCCUCAUGUUUGUAAUGCUGUGUGGGGAUUUUCCAAAAAGACGAGACCUGCGCAAGAUCAACAGUAACACCUGGAGCAGAGAUGGCUUGUCAAAAGAAUGCUGUGAUUUUAUUCGCUGCUGUCUGCAAAUCGAUCCAAAGCAGCGGAUUGAACUGGAGAAGCUCAGUCUCCACGAAUGGUUUACGAUUGCAGACAAGAAGAAAUGAGGAGAAAAAAAA